CGCUCCCGUGUAGGGCCAGGCGGGCUCUCAGGAGCGCGCGGGGCGGCGGCGGCGCGGAGGGGCCAUCCGCGCUCGUGCCCGCGCGGGUGCGUUGCCGCCCUGGCCGCGCCCCUGCCCCGCCGCCUCCCGCUCCUCGCCUGGCGGAUGUAGGUUGUUGGCCUGAGGGGAGCUACGUAGCCGAGGUUUGCGCUGCCGCCGCCCCGGACGCUAGCCUCUGCCCGGACGCUAGCCGGCCUGGCCAUGGCUGACCGCGGGUGCCCGCUGGAGGCGGCGCCGCUGCCUGCCGAGGUGCGGGAGAGCCUGGCUGAGCUGGAGCUGGAGCUGUCGGAAGGUGACAUCACUCAAAAAGGAUAUGAAAAGAAAAGGACAAAGCUGCUUGCGCGUUAUAUACCGCUUAUUCAAGGAAUAGACCCAUCUCUGCAAGCAGAGAAUAGAAUUCCUGGGCCCUCACAAACCACAGCCGCUGCACCCAAGCAGCAGAAGUCUCGGCCCACCACCUCGAGGGAUGAGCGCUUCCGGUCAGAUGUCCACACUGAAGCUGUGCAAGCAGCUUUGGCCAAAUACAAAGAGAGGAAGAUGCCUAUGCCUUCGAAGAGACGUUCUGUCCUCGUGCAUUCGUCUGUGGAAACCUACACCCCUCCAGACACGUCGUCUGCCUCAGAAGAUGAGGGCUCUUUACGGCGACCCGGGCGACUCACCUCCACUCCGCUCCAGAGCCAUUCCAGUGUCGAGCCCUGGCUCGACCAGGUCAUUCAGGGCUCGUCCACCUCAUCCUCUGCAUCCUCCACUUCAUCUCACCCGGGAGGGAGACCCACCACUGCUCCCAGUGCUGCAGCCACGCCGGGGGCCGCCGCUACCACUGCACUCGCAGGCCUCGAGGCCCACACCCACAUAGCAGAUCUGCAUUCUGCCCCUCCUGAUGUCACCACGGGCCUCGUGGAGCAUUCGUACUUUGAGCGUCCACAGGUGGCUUCUGUGAGAAGUGUUCCUCGGGGGUGCAGCGGGAGCAUGCUGGAAACAGCAGAUGGUGUCCCUGUGAACAGCAGAGUGUCCUCCAAAAUCCAGCAGCUUCUGAACACCCUGAAGAGGCCAAAGCGCCCUCCACUGAAGGAGUUCUUUGUGGAUGAUUUUGAGGAAUUGUUGGAAGUUCAGCAACCGGAUCCAAAUCAGCUGAAGCCUGAGGGAAGCGAGACGAGUGUGCUGAGAGGGGAGCCUCUCACUGCAGGUGUCCUCCGACCGCCGUCACUGUUGGCCACCUUGCAGCGCUGGGGCACCACACAGCCCAAAUCCCCCUGUCUGACUGCCUUGGAUACAACUGGGAAAGCCACCUACACUCUCACCUAUGGUAAACUUUGGAGUCGGAGUUUAAAACUAGCUUAUACUCUACUUAAUAAACUGACAAGUAAGAAUGAACCUCUACUUAAACCUGGAGACAGAGUGGCGCUCGUGUUUCCGAAUAGUGACCCUGUGAUGUUCAUGGUUGCAUUUUAUGGGUGUCUCCUGGCAGAGCUGGUUCCUGUCCCCAUAGAAGUGCCAUUAACGAGAAAGGACGCAGGCAGCCAGCAGGUUGGGUUUCUGCUGGGGAGCUGUGGAGUCUCCUUGGCCCUGACCACAGACGCUUGUCAGAAAGGCCUCCCCAAGGCACAGACGGGAGAGGUGGCAGCUUUCAAAGGUUGGCCCCCCCUCUCCUGGCUAGUGAUUGAUGGGAAGCAUCUAGCCAAGCCCCCCAAAGACUGGCACCCUCUGGCCCAGGACACAGGGACUGGGACCGCCUACAUUGAGUAUAAAACCAGCAAAGAAGGCAGUACGGUGGGGGUCACAGUGUCCCACGCAUCCCUGCUGGCGCAGUGCUGGGCUCUGACCCAGGCGUGCGGGUACUCAGAAGCUGAAACAUUAACAAAUGUGCUGGAUUUCAAAAGGGAUGCUGGUCUGUGGCAUGGAGUGUUAACAAGCGUCAUGAACAGGAUGCACGUGGUCAGCGUCCCCUACGCGCUGAUGAAGGCAAACCCGCUCUCCUGGAUCCAGAAAGUGUGCUUCUAUAAAGCUCGGGCCGCGCUGGUGAAGUCGCGAGACAUGCACUGGUCUCUCCUAGCUCAGCGGGGCCAGAGGGACGUCAGCCUCAGCUCACUGCGCAUGCUGAUUGUGGCCGAUGGCGCCAACCCGUGGUCGAUCUCCUCCUGCGACGCCUUCCUCAACGUCUUCCAGUCCAGAGGUCUGAGGCCGGAGGUCAUCUGUCCUUGUGCAAGUUCUCCUGAGGCGCUGACUGUCGCCAUCCGCAGGCCACCUGAUCUGGGAGGACCACCUCCAAGAAAAGCGGUCCUGUCGAUGAAUGGUCUAAGUUAUGGUGUUAUCAGAGUGGAUACUGAAGAAAAGUUGUCAGUCCUUACUGUUCAGGACGUUGGUCAGGUGAUGCCUGGAGCUAAUGUAUGUGUUGUGAAGUUAGAAGGUACCCCUUAUCUUUGUAAAACUGAUGAAGUGGGAGAAAUAUGCGUCAAUUCCAGUGCAACUGGUACAGCGUACUAUGGAUUGCUUGGAAUCACGAAGAAUGUGUUUGAGGCAGUUCCGGUCACCACAGGAGGAGCACCCAUCUUUGACAGGCCAUUCACCAGGACGGGCCUGCUGGGCUUCAUUGGGCCUGACAACCUGGUCUUCAUCGUGGGCAAACUGGACGGGCUGAUGGUCACUGGAGUUCGCAGACACAAUGCAGAUGACGUUGUGGCCACCGCGCUGGCCGUGGAGCCUAUGAAGUUUGUCUACAGAGGCAGAAUCGCUGUGUUCUCUGUGACUGUGCUGCACGAUGACCGGAUUGUCCUGGUGGCUGAGCAGCGGCCAGAUGCUUCGGAGGAGGACAGCUUCCAGUGGAUGAGCCGUGUGCUGCAGGCCAUCGAUAGCAUCCACCAGGUGGGCGUGUACUGUCUGGCCCUGGUUCCUGCCAACACCUUGCCCAAGGCUCCUCUCGGAGGGAUUCACAUUUCUGAAACCAAACAGCGGUUUCUGGAAGGGACACUGCACCCGUGUAAUGUGCUGAUGUGCCCUCACACCUGUGUUACCAACCUCCCCAAACCUCGUCAGAAACAACCAGAGGUUGGACCAGCCUCAAUGAUCGUGGGGAACCUGGUUGCUGGGAAGAGAAUCGCUCAGGCUUCCGGGAGAGAGCUCGCCCACCUGGAGGACAGUGACCAGGCACGGAAGUUCCUGUUCCUGGCUGACGUGCUGCAGUGGCGUGCCCACACCACUCCCGACCACCCGCUGUUCUUGCUGCUGAACGCCAAGGGCACCGUCACAAGCACUGCAACCUGUGUCCAGCUGCACAAAAGGGCUGAGAGAGUGGCCGCGGCUCUGAUGGAGAAGGGAAGACUGAGUGUUGGGGACCAUGUGGCUCUGGUCUACCCACCAGGGGUGGACCUCAUCGCCGCGUUCUAUGGCUGCUUGUACUGUGGCUGCGUGCCUGUCACCGUACGGCCCCCGCACCCUCAGAACCUCAGCACCACACUGCCCACCGUCAAGAUGAUCGUGGAGGUCAGCAAGUCUGCAUGCGUCCUCACCACGCAGGCUGUCACACGGCUGCUCAGGUCCAAGGAGGCUGCUGCUGCCGUGGACAUCAGGACCUGGCCCACCAUCCUAGACACAGAUGACAUCCCGAAAAAGAAGGUAGCGAGCAUUUUCAGGCCUCCCUCCCCUGAUGUCCUCGCAUACUUGGACUUCAGCGUGUCAACCACUGGGAUAUUAGCGGGAGUGAAGAUGUCGCACGCGGCCACAAGCGCCUUAUGCCGCUCCAUAAAGCUGCAGUGUGAGCUGUACCCAUCGCGGCAGAUCGCCAUCUGCCUCGACCCCUACUGUGGCCUUGGUUUUGCCCUGUGGUGUCUGUGCAGUGUCUACUCGGGACACCAAUCAGUGCUGGUGCCCCCGCUGGAGCUGGAGAGCAACGUGUCCCUGUGGCUGUCGGCCGUCAGCCAGUACAAGGCCCGCGUCACCUUCUGCUCCUACUCUGUGAUGGAGAUGUGCACCAAGGGCCUGGGCGCACAGACGGGUGUCCUCAGGAUGAAGGGGGUAAACCUGUCAUGUGUGCGCACGUGCAUGGUGGUCGCCGAGGAGCGGCCCAGGAUUGCGCUGACCCAGUCCUUCUCCAAGCUCUUCAAGGACCUGGGCCUCCCGGCCCGUGCCGUAAGCACCACGUUCGGGUGCAGGGUCAACGUGGCCAUCUGCCUCCAGCCCAACAGGCUGGGAAAGCUGGCUGAGCAGGGCACAGCUGGCCCAGACCCCACAACCGUCUACGUGGACAUGCGGGCACUGCGCCAUGACAGGGUACGUUUGGUAGAACGGGGUUCUCCGCACAGCCUGCCAUUGAUGGAGUCUGGAAAGAUCCUCCCCGGCGUGAAGGUCAUCAUCGCACACACCGAGACCAAAGGACCCUUGGGAGACUCACACCUGGGAGAGAUCUGGGUAAGCAGCCCCCACAAUGCCACCGGGUACUACACGGUUUACGGGGAGGAGGCGCUUCAUGCUGACCACUUCAGUGCCCGGCUGAGUUUUGGAGACACACAGACCAUCUGGGCAAGGACCGGCUACCUUGGCUUCCUUCGGCGAACAGAGCUCACUGAUGCCAGUGGAGGGCGGCACGACGCACUGUAUGUGGUGGGGUCUCUGGAUGAAACUCUGGAGCUCAGAGGCAUGCGGUACCACCCCAUCGACAUUGAGACCUCUGUCAUCCGAGCACACAGGAGCAUCGCUGAGUGUGCCGUAUUCACCUGGACCAACCUGCUGGUGGUGGUGGUGGAGCUGGAUGGGCUAGAGCAGGAUGCCCUGGACCUGGUGGCCCUGGUGACCAACGUGGUGCUGGAGGAGCACUACCUGGUCGUGGGAGUGGUGGUCAUUGUGGACCCAGGGGUGAUCCCUAUCAACUCUCGGGGUGAGAAGCAGCGCAUGCACCUGCGGGACGGCUUCCUGGCUGACCAGCUGGACCCCAUCUAUGUGGCAUACAACAUAUGAUGAAUAUAGCUGAUUUAUUUCAAAGUGGUUCUACUGGAAUGAUCAGCAUAAACCAAUGGGGAGGACAUGGCAGAGAAGUAACUAACCUCCAGUAUUCACCUGGUUCCUGCCACAGUGGUGGCCUUCAGCCUUCCAGGCUGUUCUAAAGAAAGGGCAAGAAGACCUGGUGCCACUGUGUCUUGCUGUCCGUGAAUAUUCUCAGUAAAUCAUGUGCAUGUUACUUGCCAUGUAAAAAAAAGAACAGGAGGAGGAAGCAUUCCCUUCCUAUCUGAGAUAAUGUUACAUAAAUUUUGGGUCCUAAAGGGUUAGGGAAGGCAUACUCUAUUUAAAUUGGAUACAGUAACAGUGUUGUCACACUGUGCAUGGCACUCAUCCUCUUGUCUGAUGUUCAAUUUCGGUAAUGGAGAAUUAAAAGGAAACUACAUGUAAAAUUUCAAAAUUAAUGGUUUUUACAUUUUUCCUUAUUAGUAAAAAAUUUGAGUUGAAGAGGAACGACUUUAAAGUGUCUAAGCAGGUGCCUAGACUAUCCUCCCUCUUCCCUCUUGCUGGUCUGAAAGCCUCAGUCACCCUAAUCCUCACCCAGGUCUUCCUGAAUUCUGCUCUGCUUUUCAGGAUUUAAUGAGAGAACCUUUUCACAUGAGCCCAUGAGAUGUUUCAGAAGGAUCAUUGUGGAGUUUGCUAAGGGCAGUACAGGGUAAGAAAUUGAGAGUUUAUUAGUUUUAAGUGUCUACUAAGUGUAGGGUACAUUAUUCCCCAGAUUCUCAAAGGAACUGAAAAGGCCAGAUAUGAAUAUUCAUUUCAAAUGCCACUUAAAAAAGUCAAAAGGAGCCUGAGGGAUCAAAUGAAGCUUUGAGGGGAAAAGGGAGCACAGAGGCAUUGCCACUGACCGUCACUGCUAGGUGGGUGUGCCCAGAUGCUGCAGGAGGCUCCAGAUGGAGAUCAGUGGAGUGAAGGCCAUCUACAGGCUUUCAUGCUCUGGUGGAAUGGUAGGUAAGUCAAAGACAAGCAAUUUUUAGCAUUUAUAUUAUUAUUCAAUGAAAGGGAAGGAUUCUGGGAAGAUAGCAGAGUACAAACCACCAGGAAUAUGUCUUCUCUACCUGGACAAUAAUUGCCCUGGCAGAAUCUGAUGUGACUAUUUUGGGGCUCUGGAGUCUGCUGAUGGCUUGUAACUUCCAGGGCAAGGCUUAGAUGGUAAAUUAGGGUUAACUUUAGCUCCUGGCACAGUGGCAGCUACCCUACCCCCAGCCCAUGGCAGGCAACUGUGCAUGUGUUCCAGGAGCAGCUUGCACAUGGAGCCAGAUCCUUGAUUGCUACUUCUGAUUUUAGAGGGGCAGAUGAGUCCAGAGGCCAUUGUUGCACCUCCCCCGAUUUUUGCAAACCCCUCUUCAUCCAGCUUAAAUUACUUCCAUUGCUGGAAUUUAAAGGGCCAGGACCCUUCUCCCCCCACCCUUCAUUUUUCUCAUUUUCUCUUCUGGGAGCCAGACACUAAAGACUAGGACAUUCAAAAGCACCUGCAUAUAUGGGAGGAAGUAGAAAGUGUGCAUGUCCAGGGACAGGUACAGGCUCAGAAAAGACCCGAGAAGACCUUAAAAUGAGACCUCAGGCUGAUCCUUGACAUAGAGACAGCUAAGGAUCAAUAAAAAUAAAUAAAUACAUAAAUAAAUAACAAAAAUCCCCAGCAAACCCUGGGGAAGAAGAAUCUGAUUUCCAGAGUAACAACAUUAUUUAAUUUUAAUGCCAGUUUUUCAACAAAAAGAUCUCAAGACAUGCAAAGAAAAAUAUGCUUCAUUCCAAGGAAAAAUGAAUAGAAACUGCCCCUGAAAAAGACCUGAUCGUACUUGACAAAGACUUUGAAAUAACUGUCUUAAAGAUGCUCAGAGAACUAAGGAAGAUGUGGAGAAAGUUAAAAACCAAUGCAUGAGGAAAACGGAAAUAUCAAUAAAGAGAUAACCUAAAAAAUCCUGGAGCUGAAAAGUACAAUAACUAAAAUGAAAAAUUCCCUAGAAGAAUCCAAGGGCAGGAAAAGAAUCAGUAAGCUUCGGCCGGGCGCGAUGGCUCAUGCCUGUAAUCCCAGCACUUUGGGAGGCCGAGGCAGGCAGAUCACAAGGUCAGGAGAUUGAGACCAUCCUGGCUAACAUGGUGAGACCCCAUCUCUACUGAAAAAAAAAUACAAAAAAUUAGCCAGGCGUGGUGGCAGGUGCCUGUAGUCCCAGCUACUCGGGAGGCUGAGGCAGGAGAAUGGUGUGAACCCAGGAGGUGGAGCUUGCAGUGAGCCGAGAUCAUGCCACUGCACUCCAGCCUCAGCAACAGAGCAAGACUCCAUCUCAAAAAAAUGAAGGAGACAUUAAAGCAUUCUAGGAUAAAAAACAAAAGCUGAGGGAGUUUGUUACCCCUAGACCUGCCUUAGAAGAAAUGCUAACGGGGGUCCUGCUGGGUGAAAUGAAAGGACACUAGACAGUAACUCAAACUCAUCUGAAGAAAUGAAGAUCUCAGUGAAGGUAACUGCAUGGGCAAUUAUAAAAUCUGGUAUUAUUGAAAUGAUGGUCUAUAACUGCAGUAUCUUUUUUCCACAUGAUGUAAGAGACUAAUAUAAUUUUAAUAAAUUAGUCUAAAAGCCAGAAUUAUUGUGACUUUGAUGUGUUACUCCACAUUUUGUUUUCUACAUAACUUAAGAGGCUAAAUCAAAUAAUUACUAGUUUAUGUUUUGGGCUAUACAAUUUAUAAAGAUUAAUUUGGUAACAUCAAUAGGUUUGGAUGGAGCUUUUAAAGGAGCAGAACUUUUUGUUAUUAAUGUUAAGCUGGUAAAAUUCAAGUUAGAGUAUAGUAUUAGAACUUUGGGAUGUUUAAUGUAAUUCCCCUGGUAGCCACAAAGAAAACAGCCAUAGCAGUGGUCCCCAGCCUUUUUGGCACCAGGGACCAGUUUCAUGAAGACAAAUUUUCUACAGACUGGGAAGGAGGGAAUGGUUUUGGGAUGAAACUGUUCUACCUCAGAUCAUCAGGCAUUAGUU